AUGCCCUCCAGUGACAGCUGUUUCCGAGCAGCUCUCCCCCUAUAAAUACCCCUGGGGACUAAUCGAAUCACAUCAUCGAUCGGCCAACGCCACUUCUCCUCUUCCUCUCACCCACCUCACCAGCUCCACCUCCUCUCAGAGACGGCGGCGCAGGGAGGAAGGAAGUGGUGAAACACGAGACCGACUGAUGAUCGUACGGCUGGGCGACUCCGCGAGGAGUCGUCUGCGGCCGGCCAUGGCCGUGGCCCUGGUCGCCUUCUUCGCGAUGGCCAAUGUAGGUGCCGUCUACGGUGAUCCUUACGUCUAUGAUUCUCCGCCGCCGCCAUCGCCGUCUCCCCCUCCCCCUUACUACUACAAGUCACCGCCGCCGCCAUCGCCGUCUCCCCCUCCCCCUUACUACUACAAGUCGCCACCGCCGCCAUCGCCGUCUCCUCCUCCGCCUUACUACUACAAGUCGCCACCGCCGCCAUCGCCGUCUCCUCCUCCACCUUACUACUAUAAGUCGCCACCGCCGCCAUCGCCGUCUCCUCCUCCGCCUUACUACUACAAGUCGCCACCGCCGCCAUCGCCGUCUCCUCCUCCACCUUACUACUACAAGUCGCCGCCGCCCCCCUCCCCGUCUCCCCUCCACCUUACUACUACAAGUCGCCGCCGCCCCCAUCCCCGUCUCCCCCUCCACCUUACUACUACAAGUCGCCACCGCCGCCAUCGCCGUCUCCUCCUCCACCUUACUACUACAAAUCCCCACCACCUCCACUCCUUCUCCACCUCCUCCUUACUACUACAAGUCACCACCUCCCCCUUCACCUUCUCCCCCGCCCCCCUACUACUACAAGUCGCCUCCACCACCAUCGCCAUCGCCGCCAGUUUACUACUACAAGUCUCCACCGCCUCCCACAAAGCUGCCACCUCCAUACUACUACAAGUCCCCUCCUCCACCCCACCACGACUAUGAGCAUGCCCUCAAGGUUAUCGGAAAGGUCUACUGCUACAGGUGCUACGACUGGGACCACAGCAUGAAGUCUCACGGGAAGAAGCACCUCGAAGGUAGCCUAAUCCUCUUACCCCCUAGUAAACUGCGAUAGAAAAAUAUAUCUCUACUCAAUUCCCCUAAAAUUUCUUAGCGAUGAUUUCCGGAUAUUGAAAAUGAAUUUUGUGGGCCAGAACCAGUCAACUUCGGCCUUUCUUUGAUAAACUAGGUUAUGUUGAUAAUCGGACUCGACAUGAAGAACCUUCCGGUUUCUUUAAAUAAUAGGACUCGACAGAUUAGCUGAGAUAUCUGGAAUAGAUAACUAAAUAAGGGCUCGGGGCUUGUUUUUAAUAAGAUUUACGCUAAACAUGAGCGCAGGUGCGGUGGUAAAGGUGACCUGCUUGGAUGGGUACAAGGAGAUCGUCGCCUACGGGAAGACGAAGAGCAACGGCAAGUACAGCAUCGCCGUCAAGGGCUACGACUACUGGAAGUAUGGCGCCAAGAACUGCAAGGCAGAGCUGCACGCCGCACCCAAAGGAUCCGUUUGCAACAUUCCCACUGACCUUAACGGCGGCAAGAAGGGCGCUAAGCUCCACGUGAAGUCCGAGUCCCACGGCCUGGUUGUCCUCAAGGCUAAGCCUUUCGCAUACGCCCCUAAGAAGCCGUACAAGGAGUGUGAGAAGCCCAAGCCCAAGCCCCCUGUCUACUACUACAAAUCGCCACCUCCUCCCACACCCACGUACUACUACAAAUCACCACCCCCCCCAACUCCAACCUACUACUACAAGUCACCCCCGCCCGCAAAACCCACAUACUACUACAAAUCGUCGCCGUCACUACUACUACAAGUCGCCGCCUCCUCCCACUCCAACUUACAAGUACAAGUCACCCCCUCCCCCGAAACCCACAUACUACUACAAAUCGCCGCCUCCUCCUACACCCACAUACUACUACAAAUCACCACCCCCCCCAACUCCAACCUACUACUACAAGUCACCCCCGCCCCCAAAACCCACAUACUACUACAAGUCGCCGCCUCCUCCCACUCCAACUUACAAGUACAAGUCACCCCCUCCCCCGAAACCCACAUACUACUACAAGUCACCGCCUCCUCCUACACCCACAUACUACUACAAAUCACCACCCCCCCCAACUCCAACCUACUACUACAAGUCCCCCCCGCCCCCAAAACCCACAUACUACUACAAGUCGCCGCCUCCUCCCACUCCGACUUACAAGUACAAGUCACCCCCGCCCCCAAAACCCACAUACUACUACAAGUCACCGCCUCCUCCUACUCCCACAUACUACUACAAAUCACCCCCACCCCCUACACCCACCUACUAUUACAAGUCGCCGCCUCCCCCAACACCCACAUACCACUACAAAUCGCCGCCUCCUCCUACUCCCACUUACUACUACAAAUCGCCGCCUCCCCCAACACCCACAUACCACUACAAAUCGCCGCCUCCUCCUACACCCACAUACUACUACAAAUCACCCCCACCCCCUACACCCACCUACUAUUACAAGUCGCCGCCUCCCCCAACACCCACAUACCACUACAAAUCGCCGCCUCCUCCUACUCCCACUUACUACUACAAAUCGCCGCCUCCCCCAACACCCACAUACCACUACAAAUCGCCGCCUCCUCCUACACCCACAUACUACUACAAGUCGCCGCCUCCCCCAACACCCACAUACCAUUACAAAUCGCCGCCUCCUCCUACACCCACAUACUACUACAAGUCGCCUCCUCCCCCAGUGAAGUCUCCUCCUGCACCUUACUACUACAAGUCUCCCCCACCACCUUCACCCUCACCACCACCUCCAUACUAUUACAAGUCACCACCACCACCCUCCCCAUCUCCACCUCCCCCUUACUACUACAAGUCUCCUCCCCCACCAUCACCAUCUCCACCCCCUCCCUACUACUACAAAUCUCCACCCCCUCCCUCUCCAUCACCACCACCUCCCUACUACUACAAGUCCCCACCGCCACCUUCACCCUCACCGCCGCCUCCAUACUACUACAAGUCUCCUCCUCCGCCUUCCCCAUCUCCACCACCACCCUACUACUACAAGUCUCCACCCCCACCGUCGCCAUCUCCUCCACCUCACUACCUCUAUUCCUCUCCACCUCCACCGAUCCACUACUAAUAUCUCAAUCUAGGGUCACCGCCCGUCCUCCUCAAUUUGGUAAGUUCUUGUCUUACGGAUUUCCUCGAUUUUUCUAAUUUCUUAUUAGUUCUUAUUUUCAGCACGCCAACGCUAGUCUUUCUCAUAGUCUCCACGACUCAUGUUUUCAGGAUCCGUGA